AUGGACUUAUUUACUCCGCUGAUGUGCAGAAUUGGCUACUUCGUCGAACCAACCCUCAAAGCAAGCAUCUACAACUCCAUCUUCAGCACCGACUCCUCUCGCCCCUGGGCCAUCCCACAAUACACCUGCCCCUCCGGGAACUGCACCUGGGACCCCGUCGCCUCGCUCGCUGUGCGCGCCCUUUGCGCAGACAUCAGCUCUUCAAUCCAAAAAUCCUGCACGACGCACGACGACACUGACACCGGUAUCCCAUUCAACAACUGCACCGUCUCCCUGCUACAUGACGGCGCGUCCGCAUUUUACGCGGGUGGUAUGUACACAGACGCAAUCGCGCUGCAGGUGAAGCCGGUUACUGAACCCGUCGUGUACACGAACCACAGCACGCUGCCGGUAAUUCAGCGCCUCGAGGCCAUAGCAGCGGUCCCGGAGCCCGGACAUUACAUGGCGCAGGAUAUUCGCGACGACGGGCGUCAGAACGCGGGCAGUCAGAACACGGGCAGUCAGAACACGGGCAGUCAGAACACGGGCAGUCAGAACACGGGCAGUCAGGGCCAAGCCAGCCAGCACCAGGAUAAUAAAAAACAUGGUGAUCAGAACCGAGGAGAUCAAACCCAGGAGAGCUCAAACCACGGCAACAAUCCUAGAACGAUGAGAAGCUUCUAUGCCGAGUGGUUGCGCGAAAAUGAUCUUGAUGCUAAUACUGAAGUUAGCACCCUUGGAGACCAACUAUUUGGGAGAUUCACGGCAGCAGCCCACGCUUACGCGGACGAAUACGAACGCAGAUUUGGCCAACAGCUGCAGGAUGACAUGGGUAUUCUGAAGCGGUAG